UCUCCUCUCUCUCUCUCUCUCUCUCCAUUAGACCGUUGUGAAUGAUAAUCUUUUUAUAAACAAAGUACGACUAGUCCAAGAACCCACUAGUCUUCAAACCUCUCUGCAACGAAGGAAAUAGAGCAAAGCUUCUAUUUUCAUCAAUAAUGGCAGGGGCUAACGAUUGUUUAUUCACCGCCGUCGAUCCUAAAUCUCUGAUCUUAUCCCAAUUCGGGGACGAAGACAAACCCAAUCUUCUUCAGCUCACUACAGAGAGCUUCAUCAUGGAGAGGGGACCAAGGUACAGAGCCUACGCCGAACUACGAGAAACGAAGCUGCGGAUGAAGAACAUGAGACAGCAAGAACCGGAGCCCAAUCUCUCCCCGCCCAAGAAACAAGUCAAGUUUCAGGGCAGCUUUCCGGCGCCGCCCAGCCGGCGGAAAGGGUCCUCCGUUCUGGCCCAGUCGGUGCCCGACUUCUCCGCGGCUCUGCGCAAGGAGAAUAGGAAGCCAGCGAACGCGCUGCCGCCGAUGAUGGAAAAAUCUCUAACGCCUCCGGCGGCCUUGAAGAAUGCGAAGUUGUACGCGAAAUCGGGGGGGAGUAAGUCGGCGAACUUGGCGGAAAAGAGAACCGGCGGCCUCAUGGCGAGGAAGAGCUAUGCUUAUGCUGGGAUUGAGGAAUUGAAGCAGCUCUCGUCGGCGGCCGCGAAUGCGAUCAACGGCGAGAACAGGGGAGGGAAAUCCGGUAGAGGCUUUGCCAAAUCUGUUGUUGGCUACAGACAGUAUUGAAUUUGAUUGUUACUCGGGUUUCGUCUGGAAUUUUUCUUUCUCGUUAAUGAGUUCUUUUGUUCUUUGGUCUGGUUUGGUUUGAUUUUCCAGAAAUUUUUUGGGGAUGUAAAGAUUUCAUUUGUGUUUGACAAUAUAAUACAGAAGUAUUCUAUACUUUCUGAAUUUCUUUAAUGGUGAUUUGGGUGAGGAGGAGAGGUUUCUCUUUUA